AUGCGUCGUGGACAGAUGCACAAAAUGAGGUUUGGGCCGUCACUUUUUCUUUCGCUAGCGCCCGCUAGGACCGAUCGCCUUGACCUUCGGCGGCGGGCGGCCGUCGACCCGCGCCGCUCUUCCGCAAAUACGGCGCGCCGCGUGGCCGUUUAUGUGCGACUAUACCCGCCCGGGCGGCCACUGCUAACGAUACAUUGUCGACACUACAGCGAUACACGGUUCGGCGGGCGGGAGGAAAUGGCCGCAAAUGAGACGGAACCGUGUUUGCGUCGACAAAACGCGGCGAAGUGUCUGACGAGGGGCGCCUUGCGGCCGCUGGGCGACGCUUCCCUUUCGUUCGACACAGGGACGCCGCGUCCAACCGAGUGCGGGAAUGUGGCGACCCUAAUUGCAGGAAUGGUCAGCCCCGUGGCCGGAGGCUGCGCACCACAUUCCAAGGCGAUGAGUGGUCCGCACUAUGACCCGAGAGUUUUUCUCCGAGCCCCUAGCUGGACGCUCCACGAUCCAAAGACG